GCGCCUGGUAACAGCAGCGACAGGGGAUGUGGUCAACCAGUGACCUACAACCAUAUCAAUCUCGAGGCAUGGACGGAAGGCUAUCCGAAUGAGUGGAAACUCAUCCAAAGUCAAUAUGCCUCCAUGGCUCCUUUGGACGUGGGCAGCAUGGGUUACGAUGGCACCGCUUCAUUUUUCAUCCGGCAGUCGGUGCGGAGCAAUGCGUACCGGGAGGGCUCUGUGCUGGACUUCUACCGAGGAUGGGGCGUGUCGGGGAGCCAGCCGUCGAGGUACUUCGAUGACCUCGCUUCUAUUAACCGUAGCUUGAUCGUGCCUUGUGCACAAACUCGCUUCAUGGCGACAGAAGCAAACCGCGACUAUCUGCGAAUCACAGGUGGGGUGCUGAACAAGGGCAGGGCACGCACUAGAGCCGUGCACUAG